GAAGUCAACAAAAGGUCACACAGGUAUUAUGCUUUAGCUAUAAGGUAAAUGUGUAAUGCACCGACAAAAUUACACCCAACAGUGACACGCACUGCUGAACUGAAUCUUUUAUACAAAUUUAUCAAAAACUUUCCAGAAUAGUAAACCUGCACGGAUAUUCUCAUGUUGGCCAGACUUCUUAAGCCCUGGCUGCUAUUGUCAUGGUGACAUUGCAGGGUGUAAUAAACCAGCUAGCUCAGGUAUUAUCCUACAAAUUCCAGACAUCAAUCAUUCUGUUCCCUUCUUUUUUCUGUCCUCAUUGGAUAAUACAAGUUUUGGCUGUCAGUUGAAUAGAGGAAUGCAGGUCGGGGUCUACAUGCAAUCACCUCGGUUGGAGGGGUUCCAGAUGGGCGGAUUUCACUGUGGGUACAUAUGCAUACGGCAUAUUUUCAUUUGUCACUUCAUAAGGGCCCAGUGAUUGAACUUUGUGGGUCCAAUGUACAUGUACAUGGGCCACAUCAGCGGUGUACCAGUUGGUGGAAUUCUGGCUACAUGCAGUGUUUAACUACACUACUCUUGUGAGCACUGUCAAGGACUACCACGAGUUGUGGAUUCUGCUUGUAAAAAAACCCAAACAGUGGAGUAAUCCCAUCCAACAAGCUGGAUUGAAUUGAGUUCUGCGACAGAUUUAGGAACAACAGAUACAGACUGUCAUGGCUGGAAUCUCGGGAAAGACAACUCUUGACAGGAUUACCUUGGGCCAUCUCAAGUGUACCAUCUGCUGCAAGCGCUUUGCUGACCCGAAGCUCCUGGAAUGCCUCCAUAGCUUCUGCCGCAAUUGCCUGGAGGAGCAGAGGCAGGUCCAGCAGAUUAAUGGUCUGAGAAUCAUCUGCUCGCUGUGCAAGCGCGAGACAUCCCUGACUGAGACGAGGAUCGAGGGCCUGCGGGACAACCUGACACUGAUGUCCCUGGUGGAGGAGGCCGGGCUCCAGGAACAGCUGGUGGCCAGCCAGCUGUCCAAGAUCAAGUGUGAGUCCUGUGACGAGGAGCAGGAGGCCAUCUCCCGCUGCAUGGACUGUGACGACUACCUCUGUAAGGACUGCCAAUCCGCCCACAAGCGGCUGUCCAAGAUGAAGAACCACAAGAUCGCCACACUGGCUGACCUCCGUGGUGGCAGUGUCACCUUCAGGAGCAAGGUCCGGGCGACCGUGCCCAAGUGCGAGAAGCACUCCAACCAGGAUAUCUGCCACUACUGCAAUACCUGCCAGAAACUGGUCUGCACAGCCUGCGCUGUCGGGGACCACAAGGCCCCUGACCACGACCUCACCGAUCCUCAUGCAGCCAUGGCCAUUUGCCAGAAAGAGCUUGGAGAGCACCUGACCCAGGCAAAAGAUCACAAGGAUGAGUUCGAAGCUGCCAAGUUAUCAACUGAUCAUGCCAAGAAGAGACUCAGGGCCAUGGUAACUAAUGCUAUCACAAAGAUUUCCAAGAAGGCGGAGGAAGAGGUUGCAAAGAUCAGGCAACGUGAGCUGGACCUAAAGCAACAAGUCAAAAAGAUUGAAGAUGACAGGUCGUCUGAGAUUGAAGUCUUCCAAGCUGGGUUAGUUGCUAGUCUAAAGUGGUCCAAGUACACUUUGGACAUUGCAGAAGACUUUUUGACCCAGGGAAGUCCUUUUGAGGUUCUGGAACUCAAGUCAAAGAUCUUGUUCAUCGUGAAGGACGUCCAAAAGAAGCAAGUUCCUGUCCUUCAGCAUGGUUUGUCCUUUGUUGACUUCAAAGACAGUGCUGUGGGCCAAGAUGGAUCCUUUGGGAAACUCCUGCUUGAAGAAAAGUGGGAGAUGAAGGAUGAGUUUGGAAAGCGAGGUAUGGGAGAUGGGGAGUUCAUGGAGGCAAGGGGCAUUGCAGCUUUCUCCAACAGCGACCUAGCUGUAGCCGAUCCAGCUAAUGGAAGGGUCACGAUCUUGAGCUCAGAUGGAAAGUACAAGAGCAGCAUCAGUGGGCCCAGUGAGAACAACCCCGAAGGACAACUUCAGAAGCCCUGUGACGUCGCUGUCAGCACAGACAACCAGCUGGUAGUGAUAGACACGCCUGUUGUGAAGGUGUUCAACAAGCAGAAAAAACUAGCUAACCAGUUUGUUUCUGGAAAGGUCACCACCUCAAGCAGCAAGGUCAAUGCAGAAGAGGAACCAGAGAGCGACCUCAGAUGUAUUGCCAUAGAUUGCAAGAACCAGAUAGCCAUUGGAGACAAAGGCAAGAGGAUUGUCUCCCUGCACCAACUGGAUGGAGCUCUCAUCAAGGCCAUUCCAGCAGAGCUGAUCGCCAAACAUCUGGCCAUUGGGGGCUUGGAGAGCAUAAUCUACACAAACCUGCAGGCUCGUCUGCUGCUGGCCUCCGACUUAAAGGGCCAGGAAAUCUUCUCUCUCCAUACUCUGACCCAGGAGAACCCGGCCUAUGAACCAACUGGGGUCUGCUGCGACAGCUCCGGUGACAUCUAUGUGGCCCUCCAGGGUACCAUCAAGGGCCAGAGGGGUGAAAUUCACCACUUCAGUCCCAAGGGGGAACAUAUUGCUUGCGUAGCCAGAGGAUUGAACUCCCCCCUCGGCAUCACAUUCACUCCCGAUGGAGACUUGGCAGUAGCCGAUGUGCACAAUGUCAAGGUUUAUCAACGUGUGUGAGAUUAUGGCUGCAUCAUUUCCAUGUUUAAAUGACUUCAUUAUCAAGAUAACCUUUCAAUAGAGGUGAAAUCGACCAAUGAUAAAACUAGCUGAAAACAGCUGAAAAAAAGGCAUAAGAAGCUGAACUGUGAAAAUCUCCUAAACUUUUGUACACAGCCAGCAAGAAAAAAAGCUGAAAUCCAAAACAACAUAAGCUGAACUCAGCUGAAAAGCCGAGAAAUCUCACCCCUACUUUAAUCAGUAGCAUUCAUUUAUUGCUCUCGGUUUACCUUUCCAUCUUUACCUGCAUAAACAAAUACAUGUACAUGUAUGUAUACAUGCAGGUCAUACAGGUCCUAUGGAUAAUGGGCAUUCAAUAUCCUUACUGAUUAUACAACAUUAUUUUAUCAUUUAUCCGUAUAGUGCUGAUACAUGUAAGUAAUAUUUCUUAGUAAACACGAAACUACAUUUAUCCCAAAAUGUUUGUAAAUAAUUGCACUCAAACAUUUGAAAAACUCUGCUGUAAAUAAAUGGUCAUUAAAGUCGAAAUUCUUUUGUGGAGCCUCUUAAAGUACAAGAUUGCAUGGUUGCAAUAGAUUUUGUAUAAUAGUGUUGCUGUGCUAAAAAUGACCGCUGGCCUAACAAGUAACCACAGUAUCACGUAUCUGCUGGUAAAUUGAUUGAAGCUUGCUUAAACGUUUGUUUACAUUUAUAUUUCUGUUUGUUUGGCUGUGUACACGCACCUGUAAACAAUGGUAAAGAGAAUGAUUAGUCAUUUUAAUCUCAGGAUAACCGAUACUAAUUUUUUCCUUAAAGAGACUUUUUGAGAUGAUCGGCGGCAGACAACAUGCCCUUCCAACGUGCACUGCUGUUAGAAAUGCAUUAACAUAUGCUCCUGUGCAUACUGCUAUGUUAUACAAUGUUUUCAAUUCAGCAUAUUAUGAGCUUUGAUUUAAUUAUUAACCAAGCCAACAUCACUGUCACAAGUAUCCUGUCUCCCCCAUGCCGUUCCUUUGUUAGGCCCGUUUAUUCUGCGCUUGACGGUCAUUGUAACAUCCCCGGAAAAAUGAAUCGAUCUUGCCAAAAGUUUUAGAUCAAUCACAUACACAGGUAAUUUCCCGGUAGUUUUUUUCAGUAAGUUGUGUUCAACCUGCCUUAAUGCUUGCAUCAUGUUAAGUAAAUUUAUUGUCAGUGUGGCCAUGGUUGUUUAUGUCCUCUGUUUUUGUUACUGUGUUUGUUGAACAUGUGUGAAAGAAUGUAAUUGUGUACAUUUUGCCGAUCACAGCAUUCCCUGAUCGAGAAGGACGACACACAUAAUAAUUUUGAGUGUAUGAGAGUGGAGCUGAGUGUGACAGGAACCGGUGCCAAAUUCCCCGGAGAUGCCUGAGGCAGCAGGUUUUGCUGGCAAAUCGGUGAAAGCUGCCACCGAUUUGACCUGACCCACCAGUUUGGCAUAUACCAUUGUCAGUGCCAAAAUUUGUCUCGGCAAUGCAAAAGAGUACCUUAUCGGUCCUGUAGAUGACGUAUUGAGCAACACUCAGCCUUCCAACAUUUAAUAUCAAGAUAUAACCAUGGCCGGAAACCAAGAUAUAUAUACUCGUGUCUAGUCUUGUCUGCUGGUACUUGAACGCCGCUGUUGAACAUGACGUCAACCUGAGCUGACCGUGUCCUGUGCCGAGAGAGAGUUCUGUUUUAAAGUAAGCAGUUAUUUCUGAGCAACAUUGAAUACCUGAUUCUUGAAUGCACUUGGUAUAAAUGCUUAGAAGUUCUGGUUAACUCAGUAUUUGAAAUCAAAGUGCUAUAUAUCAUGUGAAUUUUGAUAUUAAACAAAGCUGAUUGAACUGGAACCUAGAAAGACUGGAUUUUGAAUAUUCAAAUGUUGUACAUUGGAUCUGUACUGUGGUAGAUAACUCCUACAAAAAAUAUGUAACUUUUGAAUCAAGCAUGAUGUGUUGAAACCGCUGAAAAAGUACAGAAGUAGCUGCAUGCAGAGCAUUUGAAGAAUUUGAGGAACUUGAUUCUAGACUCCAAACCUUUGUAAAUAUUAUAAAUAGCUUAAUUUGGUGAAUAUAAUUAUCAAUGAAAUAAUUUCCUUGUUUCUGUCGUCAAUUCUUUCUGUCUAAAGUUUUUAAGUUCAUGAAACCAGGGUCAUCACAAAAGGAACUUGUAGUUAGUUGUGAAAUAACCAAUCAAUCAAAAAUCACUCCUUUAGACAUGUAUAGCUGGAAAUUAAGUGACUUUUGUUUCUGCUUUUCAAUUUGUGGUAAUUAGCCUGGAGUAUACGGCAAUCAUCAAAGCUUAGAUAUUUUUUCUUGAAGAUGUGUAGAUGUAUGAACUUGAAGAACUUUAAGCAGAGAAUAUUCAGAUGUUCAAUACCAUAACACUUUUAGGACUUUUAGGACCUAAAAAUGAAUUUUAGAGGUGUCAUCAUUUUGGUGCAAAAAUAUAAGUCCAGAAAUUUUAAAAUUCAGUUUAUGUGCAAAAAAGCAAAGCCAAUUUUACAUAUUUCUUCAAAUCUGACAGUUAACCACUGACAGUGAAUCUUGCUAUAAUUGAAUUACGUUUUCUGCAUUUCUGUUGCAGUAAUUAGGAAGUAAUUAGACAAGGCCCGAGUGCACAUUUAUGUAUGUGCAUAUUGGACUCACCGUACAAAACCUUACCUGACAGCGCUGCACAUAAGCCAUCAAUGCACGCACGAACACUCACAUUAACAUCCACACAACAACGGCUGAUUUGCAUAACCUAAUAAUCACCAACAGGUGUUUUCAUUACCACCAGCAAAUAUUCUGUUCGGAAAGCAAUACAUUUCUAUCUGGUUGCAGAAACGAUAGCGUGUACAAGAUUUGAGAAGUAAACCCUUGCUGUUAUCGUUUCCAUUUUGUUUCUACAGUACAUGCAUCUUGUUUUUGUUGCAGUCUUUUAUUGCAUUUGGAAAGAGCUGUAGUAUUUUUGUAGUUUAUGUCAUUGUAGAACUAUUUUGAUUUAUCAAGCGUUGUGAUUGAAGAAAAAAUGAAGUCAUUUUUGAGUAUUAAAAAGGCAGCCACUGCCACCAAAAGUUGUGGAGAAUGCA